AAAGAUGGUUGUUCGUCGAGAUUGCGACGAAAAAUAUCGAAAAAUUUGACGAGUGACCUACUCGGAUAUGGAUCGGAAAUUUGAUGAACGAUUUUUCCAGACACGCGGAAGUAAUCGAUGAAAUAAUGUAUCGCUCCGAUACGUGAGUUAUUCACAGGUAACACUUCCAAAUUACUGUCUCCACUCAGCAACCAAGAUGCAUGUCGGAUAAAAUUCUUAGCAAUUCUCAGCGAAGAAACGGACAGCCUGAUACGUACAGCAACGCAUCGCGAUCGCAUUUCAGAAAAAUAUCAUGACGGCAAAUAAUGACGAGCUUUCAAAGGAAGCCCAUGCCGUGGAAACAGAAGUCGCCAAAGGUGAACAAAACGAAGUGCUCGAAGAGCAUCCACGGCUGGCAAAAGAAAAAGUCAAGGAAAAGCCUCGUCCGAAAGCAACGCCGGAAGUCGUGAAACCUACCGUAGCGAAAAUACCUGUAAAACGUAUAACACCUCGACUCGAGGAGCUAGCUCGACCAUUAAUAAACAAUGUCUUGGUUACAUUGCGAGACAAAGCGUGGGUACUACCGCCGGCAUUCGUGGAUAAUCUUACAAGGAUCAUCGAGACUAAAACCUGCAUAAGUCCGGAGGAAGCCGCGCGAGUUCUGCGUCGAAAGAAACGUAAAACGAAGAAGGCGACGCCACCGCUUAUGAAAAAGAGGACCGAAGAAGUUACAAAGUUAGGCACGCCGAUACUGGACGAAGAAGUGGCGAUGUGCCAGUAUUUGUUGGCCGUGAAUUUCGUCAGAAGCAUUCUGGAACGCCCGUGUCAAACGCGAAGGAAGGAUCUUCGUGAAAUCACACGCGUGAUAUUGAAACGCUUGACGUCUAUCAACGGAUAUACGGAUACUCGAGACGGCAAUGAUCGAGCGACGCAGCAGUUGCAGCUUCUAGCUGAAAUGAUAGCUUGUUGGAUAGCUGAGAUACUCGUUGAAGUUGCUGAAGCUGAAAAAGAGACCUUAGAGAGGUACUGCAAAAAGAGGGAGAUGAAAGAAAUGGAGGUGGAUGAUGAUGAGGAGACGGAUAGUGAAGCCGAGUAUUGGCAACAAAAACAUGAGAUACGGGAAAAGAGCGAGAAAGAGGUAAAGGAAAGAGAAAAGGAAGAGAAGAUUGAGGAUGCGGAAGAUGAAAAAGUUGAGCGAGAACAAAUGAAUGGAGAAGACAUAAAGAAGCCAGAUGAAGAUGAAGAAGUGGUCGAAGGAGAAAAAGAAGAGGGUGAAACAACUGAAACAUUGUUGGAAGAAUAGAAGGAAAUGAAAGAGAUGAGAUUGGGAUGAAACAUAAUUGAUCGGCCUCUUGACGAAUAAAUGAUCAGUAAAAUAACUGUUACCAUUAUAUAAUUUUCUUUCUCUGUAAAUGCAUACAACGCACGAAUCGUAAAAAAAU